CAUGGUUUGGAAUGGAUAUCGGUGGAACGUUGGUUAAAUUGGUCUACUUUGAACCUAAGGACAUUACUGCAGAAGAGGAACAGGAGGAGGUGGAAAACCUGAAAAGCAUUAGGAAAUACUUGACCUCCAAUACAGCCUAUGGUAAAACUGGCAUUCGCGAUGUCCAUCUUGAACUGAAAAAUUUGACUAUGUGUGGACGCAAAGGAAACCUGCACUUCAUCCGCUUUCCCAGCUGUGCCAUGCACAGGUUCAUACAGAUGGGUAGUGAAAAGAACUUCUCCAGUUUGCACACUACGCUCUGUGCCACAGGAGGUGGAGCUUACAAGUUUGAGGAGGACUUUAGAACGAUUGCUGAUCUACAACUCCACAAGCUAGACGAAUUGGACUGUUUGAUCCAGGGCCUCCUUUAUGUUGAUUCUGUUGGUUUCAAUGGCCAACCAGAGUGCUAUUAUUUUGAAAAUCCUACAGAUCCUGAACAGUGCCAGAAAAAGCCUUACUGCCUUGAUAAUCCAUAUCCUAUGCUGCUGGUUAACAUAGGCUCAGGGGUCAGCAUCCUAGCUGUGUAUUCUAAGGACAACUAUAAGAGAGUCACAGGAUCCAGUCUUGGAGGAGGAACGUUCCUGGGCCUGUGCUGUCUGCUGACUGGCUGCGAGACGUUUGAAGAAGCACUAGAAAUGGCCGCAAAAGGAGACAGCACCAAUGUGGAUAAACUGGUGAAAGAUAUUUAUGGAGGAGACUAUGAGCGAUUUGGCCUUCAAGGGUCUGCUGUAGCCUCAAGCUUUGGUCAUAUGAUGAGUAAAGAAAAGAGAGAUUCCAUCAGUAAAGAGGACUUGGCCAGAGCUACUUUGGUCACCAUCACCAACAACAUAGGUUCUAUUGCUCGCAUGUGUGCAUUGAAUGAGAACAUCGACAAGGUGGUAUUUGUUGGCAACUUUCUCAGAAUUAAUAUGAUUUCUAUGAAGGUGCUAGCAUAUGCUAUGGAUUAUUGGUCCAAGGGACAACUGAAAGCUCUGUUUUUAGAACACGAGGGUUAUUUUGGAGCUGUUGGGGCUCUUCUAGAAUUGCUUAAAAUGACAGAUGAUCAGUGAUGAAGCUGUCUGAAGAGAUUCUUACUGCAGAUGCUGCUGGAUAAGAGUGAAAGCCACUACAAGGAUGGAAAUGAAGCCAUUAUGGUAGUUCUACCUGCUGGAUUUGUAAAUAACUUAAAAUCCUUUUAACUGAUCUUUAACUUCUGGGUUUUGAGCUUAUACUUAAGAAUUCAUACUGGGAAUAACAAUAUUUUUUUUUCUGUACACUGUAUUUUUUAGGGGAAAAAUGUGCAAAGUGGCCAAACAUACAGAUUUUAUGGAUUUAUUUUAAAAAUUGGAUACUGUUUAAUGUAGGACCUGUGAUAUGAGGCAUCUGCUUUUCUUCUGGGGUUUACUGAUUAGUGUGUUAAUUUUAACUUUAUUUAGUAAUCACUCUAGGAGAUUUUUUUAAUCUUAUUUUCAUGACGUUUCAUGAUUUGUUCUUGGUUUCAAAUGAAACUACAAAGCUGAUGCAUUUUACUGUGAAAACUAGUCAUUGAUUUUUUUUUUUUGCCUUUCCUCAUUAGAUGAGACACUUUUUAUUUAACAUCCCCCGCCCCU